AAGCCGGCCCCCGUCCCCCACAGCGCAUGUCAAACGCCCCUUUCAAACGACUAAUCUUCCCACCCAGACCGCCCACCUUGUUGCAAUCGCAACCAGCCCCGAGCCAAUGACCAGGCGCGCAAGCGAACCUGUGAAGUCAUUUACGGGGCGCUCCGCGCGCCGAGAGCGUGCCACCGCAUCUCUUAGCGUGCUGAGGCACUUGUGCGGACCAUCUAGAGCGCUGGAUCGUCCGCACAAACAGCGCAGAGAGGCGUAUAUAAGAGGCCAGCUUUGCGGGGAGAUUCCUCCACCUCACAACACUCAGAGAUCUAAGAGCUCGUCUACAUACUUCCGUCUUUCGAAGUCCAAACCACACAUUACUUUCACCAUGGGCAACUGCGGCUGUGCUUCCUCCGGAACCUGCAACUGCGGCUCUAGCUGCGGCUGUGACAGCUGCCCACACAAAUAAGCAACCUCUUACUUAUCGACCCACUUAGGGGCUGGCGGUUGGAGAGUCGGGAAAUCCCAUCAUGCUUUCCUGAGGGGCAGAUCGGCAGG